CAGCCCUUCCCCGCGCCAGCUCAGCGCCGCCCGAGGCCCGCACGCUUCCCCACGGCCGCGCCGCAGGCCGCCUAGUGGGCGCUGGUCUCCGGGCACCGCGGCCCUCCUCCUUCCUCUGCAGCUCGAGCCUUGAGAGCCAGACAGACAGAAAACCCACUCCUCGGGCCGCUCCUUCCGAAGCCAGGGGAAGCUUUGCCUGAAGAUCGCUGUCAGGCUCCCAGCUCCUGCCGAGUCGGAAGUCGAGGGGGGUUGAGUUGAUCCGACAGCCCGGCUUGCUCCUUGCUUUGGUUCCUUCCUACGGUGCUUAUGCAUGAUAACUCUUGGGCUUUAGGUACAUCAAUUCUCAUUAUGCAUCAGAAAAAUGAAAAAACAGAAGAAAAUUCUAUGGAAAAAAGGAAUUCACUUAGCUUUUUCUGAGAAAUGGAAUACUGGGUUUGGAAGCUUUAAGAAGUUCUAUUUUCCUCAAAACUUGUGCUUUCUGAAAGCUAAGGUGGGAAGGCCAAUUGUUUGGGGUCGACAAUUGAAGCAUUUUCAGUGUAGGCAGAAGGCUCUUCCCAUCCAGAAAUCAUGGAUCCGGGAUGUACCACCUUGUGCAAAGGCGAAGUCCGGAGUGGCUACUCACAAUGGUAGUAUUUUGUAUGCCAAAGUGAAAAGAAAGGACCCCAAGCACUUCAUUUCUUCCUCAAGGAGUCUCCUGAAACACCAAGCAGAUAAGGCACUGUCAUCAGCAAAGGGCUCGGACCAUGAAUACUGCAGAGAGAAAAGUCUCCUGAAGGCAGUCACUGGCUUGUCAGCAGGUACUGUUGUGGGUAAGGCCAGCGGUCACAAACCUCGGACGGGCGCACAAGCGUCAGACUUUCCCAUGAAGUUCAGUGGGGGCAGCCGGAGUCCAGGUGAGAGUGGCGAGGUUGUGGUCUUGAACAAACACAGAAAACACAUUUGCUGCGGCUGCUACCCAGGCCUAGAGCAGCACAGGAAUGGGAAACCAUUGAUUCCAAAAAAGUUCCAACUUAAUCAACAUCGAAGAGUCAAAGUGUCUCUUAUGAUGUAUGAGAAAUUAUCCAUGAUUAGAUUUCGGUAUAGGAUUUUGAGGUCCCAGCACUUCAGAACGAAAAACAGAGUUUGCAAGCUAAGAAGAGCCCAGCGAAGCUGGGUGCAGAAGGUCACCGGGGGCCAUCAAGAGGACCUUGGGCGGGGCACCGAGGGGGGUGGUAGUUGCAGCCCAGUCCCUUCCCCAGAACCUAAAGACCCUUGCCAGUGUCAGCCACACUUCUCAGACAUGGACGCCAGUGCUGCGGUGAAGGGGAAGAACUCUCAUGUGCCUGACGGCCACACUGAAGAAAGCCCUUUCUUGGACAAGGAGCAAAGUUUAGAUGAAGCAUUCCCUGACCAACAGAAUGGCAGUGCCACAUACGCCUGGGACCAGUCACCCUCCUCUCCUAAGUGGGAGUGCACAGAGCAAGUUCCCGAAACCCCUUUAACAGAGCAUCCUUCUAGUAAUAAGUUCACUCUGGAAACGGGAAGAGCGAGUCUGACUCUGGCUCAGGAAAGUGGGGCAAGUGCUGUCAGUGACGACAGAGUCACACUGUCAGUGUCUGGAGCAGACACGUCUGUGAGCAGUGUAGAUGGGCCUGUGUCUGAAGAGCCUCCUCAGAAUGAGAACUUCCAGAUGGAGGAGGAUGGAUCUCUCAAGCAGAACAUUCUUAGUUCUAAGCUGCUGGACCACCCGUACUGUAAAAGUCCUCUGGACGCGCCCUUGGUGUGCCGUGAACUCAAAGUAGCAAACCAAAUGGCGGGUGGCAAGAGCAGUCAGGAAGUUUCUCUAGUGGAUGAUGAGCAGCUCUCCACCUGCCUUUCUGGAUUCCUAGAUGAGGUUAUGAAAAAGUAUGGAAGUUUGGUACCACUCAGUGAAAAAGAUGUCCUUGGGAGAUUAAAAGAUGUCUUUAAUGAAGACUUUUCUAAUAGAAAACCAUUUAUCAAUAGAGAAAUAACAAACUACCGGGCCAGACACCAGAAGUGCAACUUCCGCAUCUUCUACAAUAAGCACAUGCUAGAUAUGGAUGAUCUGGUGACCCUGGAUGGUCAGAAUUGGCUGAAUGACCAGGUUAUCAAUAUGUAUGGUGAGCUGAUAAUGGACGCCGUCCCCGACAAAGUCCACUUCUUCAACAGCUUUUUUCAUAGACAGCUGGUAACCAAAGGCUAUAAUGGAGUUAAGAGAUGGACUAAAAAGGUGGAUUUGUUUAAAAAGAGCCUUCUGUUGAUUCCGAUCCACCUGGAAGUCCACUGGUCUCUCAUUACUGUGACACUCUCCAAUCGAAUUAUUUCCUUUUAUGAUUCCCAAGGCAUUCAUUUUAAAUUCUGUGUAGAGAAUAUAAGAAAGUAUUUGCUGACUGAAGCCAGAGAAAAAAACAGACCUGAAUUUCUUCAGGGUUGGCAGACUGCUGUUACAAAGUGUAUUCCACAACAGAAAAAUGACAGUGACUGUGGAGUCUUUGUGCUCCAGUACUGCAAGUGCCUCGCCUUAGAGCAGCCUUUCCAGUUUUCUCAAGAAGACAUGCCUCGAGUACGGAAGAGGAUCUAUAAGGAGCUGUGUGAGUGUCGACUCCUGGACUGAGACUCAGCAGGGACUCCAGAAGGCUGGCCAUGUGGAGCAGAGAGUUUGUUACUUGAAUCUCCAGACACUUACUGAAUUUUUACAGACCUUUCAGAUUGGUGGUAUUGGGCCACUGUUGUUACCUCAAAUUUAUUUUCGCCCUUCUUCAUUUCUCCUGCUAUCAUGUACUUUUUUAAUGUUCAGUUUGGUUUCAUUUUAACUUUAUGGAUUCCAUACAUCCCUCCCAUAUUUAAUAUUUAUUAUCCAAACGCAUGCAUAUAGACAGAGCAUGCAGUAAAGAGUAUUAAAAAAAGCCUAGUAGAUUUGGUGCAGCUUUUGAAACAUAGUUAGAUGUGAACUGAAUACAGGUUUAAAAUUUAACCCCAGAACUUAAAACAGCAGGAUGUUUUGAUACAGUGUAGCUCGGAAUAGAUGCUCCCUGUGGCAUAAAGGGAGCCGGAGUGGCGUGGAAGAGCCAGCCGCUACUUCUACAGCAGCACUUUCCCUGGUGUCCUCGCCAGUCUCCGGGCAUGAGAUGCAUUCCUUUCGACGGUGAGAGGGUCGUUCUGCUUAGGGACGCAGUGCUUGCAAGCACAGUGCUGAUUUGAGGAGAGUUAAGGUAUGAGAGGGAAAAAAGCAGCGACCUUGAAGGCCAGUUAACUUAAAGGUUUCUUUCCUUUUGUUGUUUUGAGACAAGGUCUCACUAUGUCGCCCAAG